AAAAGGAACCUCUUGAAGAAAGCAGCAGAAUUUAGUUUAGAGUGCGAAUCCAAUGUCUUCUUGGCUGUUCAGAUCCAGAAAACUGGGCAGAUAUACAUUUUUGACUCAUCCUCAGAGAUACAAUGGCUGAAUAUACUAUCCAAUAAGGUAUGCCAUAUGAGGCUCUGUUCCUGUGGUCAAACUCACAUUAUUAGGCAAUGUACUACCCUCCUCUGA